CAACACGGCUUUAGUGAAAAAAAAUCACAAAGAAAACCAACCAACUUUUUCUUUUAGAAGUACAGAACUUAAGCGUCGACGCAGGACGCCCAUCAUUACUUUAUUGGACUAUAACAUCAUUAUUUCAAGUUUCUGGGCCUAGCUUAGCUGAUUUAGCCUUGCUUGCUAGCCGCUUCGGGCGAAGCAGAGAUCAAGCGUGAACGGAAACUGUGGUGGUUUUCUUGAAAAAUGCGCCCAAGAAACACAGCAGAGAACGAGGAGCAACUUUGUGGGGCAAAAGAGGAGAGCGAUGCUGUUUUCAAGAAGUCUCAAUUUGCCUCACACAGAGCAGACAUCAGCAAAGAUGCUUGUCCUGAGUGGCUGGAUGCAGAGCCCUGUCACAUUAAAGAGGAACAGGAGAAAAAACAGGUGCCCCACUUCAAAGAGGAAGAAGAGCAUCAGGCCCCUUACAUUAAGAAAGAGGAGGAGCUAGAGCACCCUUGCACGAAAGUGGAGGUGGAUGAGCCUCUCGACGUCAAAGAAGAGGAGGAGGAGAAGGGGAUCUGCAAGUUGCCAUCGACUGGUGUCCAUCUGAAAAGUAUAAAUGAGGCGGACAGAGGGGCGGAGCCUCUAAGCAGCAGCUCAUGUCAACACAUGACAACACAAGGUAUUGGAAACCACUGUGGAAAACCAAAAGCAGCUCCACUCUCAGAUAGAGACAACACAUCGUCAACCGCUGAUGAUAAUGGUGAGAAACCGUUCACCUGUUCCGACUGCGGCCGGAAAUUCUCUCGGAAGGGAGGCUUAAAAAGGCACGUAAGAACCCACACUGGUGAGAAGCCUUUUUUGUGCUCAGUUUGUGGCCAAAGAUUUUCUUGGAAGGGAGACUUAAAAAACCACAUAAGAAUCCACACUGGUGAGAAACCUUUUUCGUGCUCAGUUUGUGGCCAAAGAUUCUCUCACAGGGGAACCUUAAAAUUACACACAAGAACCCACACUGGCGAUAAACCUUUUGCCUGUUCAGAUUGUGGCCGUAGAUUCUCUCAAAAGGGAAACUUACAAAUGCACAUAAAAACCCACACUGGUGAGAAACCUUUUUCAUGCUCAGUUUGUGGCCAAAGAUUUUCUCAUAAGGGAAACUUACAAAUGCACGUAAGAACCCACACUGGUGAGAAACCUUUUUCAUGCUCAGUUUGUGGCCAAAGAUUUUCUCAGAAGGGAAACUUACAAACGCACAAAAUAACCCACACUGGUGAUAAAACUUUUGUUAGGUUGAUUAGUUUUAGUUAUUAUACAUUUUAAUAGUAUUAAUGAUAAAUUGAUUAUGCUUGCAAUGAAGAAUGCUUAUGCCUGCAAUGAUAAAUUGAUGAUGCCUGCAAUGAAGAACGCUUAUGUGUUUAAUAAAGAUAUAAUGCUUUUAAUUAAUAUAUACUCACAUUGCUUAGUGGUUAGUGCACUGUGUGGCAGUUGAGGGACGCAUGAUAAGUAUUAAGACUAAACAGGAGCAAGGUUGGACGUGGACGGCGCCAUCAAC